AUUUUAUUUAAGGUUUUUUCCUCGUCAUUAUAAUUUUAAUAAUGUGUUUGUGAUUUAAUUAUUAAUAAUAUUAACUAUGGGUGAUACAUUACCAUUGCUACCUAAUAGAGGAGAAACAAUUUGCGCAGACGUGCGACCGAUACUACGGGAAGUUUUUCGUGAUGUCGAAUACCUACCCCCACUCGUCUCAUGCCUGACUGAAAAGGAUGAUGAAUCAGAUUUAAUUGCACAAUGCAAAUGGGUCGACGAAUUUUCAUCGGAGUGUAAGGUAUUAAACGAAAAAGAAAAGAAGUUAAAAAAUAAAUAUGCAGAGCGGUUAUCAAGAGAACCCCUUCCGAAUAUUUACAAAAUGUACCCAGAUACUGGGAAUGGUGAUCAAGAAUCUUGGACCAUUUUAAGAAAGGAUUUGAAGCCAACUAUAGAACACGAUGCAGCUUGUGACGCAAGGUUAUGGAUAAAGAAUAUACUUAAUAGAAGUUCUGGUGAUUUGACAAAUAAACCGUAUGAGCCUCAAAUACACAGCAAAACUAUCUUACUUCCGGUUGAGAACUCGACGAUACAAUCGUACAGUAUCGGGGAGGCAGUUCCACCUCCACCCCCAUUUCCUCCGAAGCUUAUACUGCAACCUCCAUUACCAGAGUACAUGAUUUGCGUACCUCCAAGAGUUGAAUUUGUCAACUUCACUGUAGGAAAUGUUCAUACGGAAUCAGUCCGUCUUAUAAACAUAUCCAAGUUUGAGUUACGUUUAUCCGUAUCGCCUCCAAAACGUCGUGAACUAGAUAUAGAACUUUGUUCUCGUCUGGUGGUAACUUCGGGUUCAGCUGCGGAGUUUAAAAUACAUUAUCGCCCAGUUGAUGUGCUGUCUGUCACCGAUGAACUGCUAGUGAGAGUUUCUUCUGGAAAAUCCUUGAAGAUUCCAAUCGCUUGUUAUAUGCAACCGCCAAUACUUGAAAUACUUGUACCAAACUUGACGUCAAUUCAUAUGGAGUCUAUGAAGACGGUAAAAUUAACACGUGAUGUACUGGAUCUAGGGUCCAGGCUUUUAGGAGAUGUUCAUCGAGCGUCGUUAUUAUUCUUUUGCGCAGAGAAACAUGCGAAUUUCUUUUUGCUACCUGAAGAUGCCUGGCUGAGCUUCUGUAUUGACGUACGUGUCAUCUUAUCAUUUUACAGAAGUAUUUAUACAUUUUUUGAGGAGUAA